ACCCUUCAGCUCUCUCAUCUUUUCUCUCUUUCCCUUUUUCUUCUUCCUCUGCAAAACAUCAUGUCUGCCAACGGAAGCGCUCGUGCAUCUCUUGCUCCUGGUCAUUUCCUUUUCACCUCCGAGUCCGUUGGUGAAGGCCACCCUGAUAAGAUCUGUGACCAAGUGUCUGAUGCGAUCUUGGAUGCUUGCCUUGAACAAGAUCCCUGGUCCAAGGUCGCUUGUGAGACUGCUUCCAAGACGGGCAUGAUCAUGGUUUUCGGAGAGAUCACCACGAAAGCCCAUAUCGACUACCAGAAAGUCAUCCGAAACACCAUCAAGCAAAUUGGCUAUGAUGAUUCGUCCAAGGGCUUUGAUUACAAGACCUGCAACAUUCUUGUCGCCAUUGAGCAGCAGUCUCCCGAUAUUGCCGGUGCUUUGGACCACGGUUCGCUAGAAUCGCAUGGUGCUGGUGACCAGGGUAUCAUGUUCGGCUAUGCUACCGACGAGACUGAGGAGUACAUGCCAUUGACUAUUGUGCUCGCGCACAAGUUGAACGCUGCACUCGCUGCCGCUAGACGUUCUGGUCUCCUUCCGUGGGUGCGUCCCGACUCGAAGACUCAAGUCACCGUCGAGUACAAGAAAGAAGGCGGUGCCAUGAUUCCUCUUCGCGUCGACACUGUUGUUGUAUCGACACAACAUGCAGAGGAAGUGACGACUGAAGAAGUCCGCUCAUCGAUCUUGGAGAAGGUUGUCAAGGGUGUGAUCCCUGCCAACCUCCUUGACGAAAGGACCGUCUACCACAUCCAACCUUCUGGUCGUUUCGUCAUCGGUGGUCCUCAGGGUGACGCUGGUCUUACUGGCCGUAAGAUCAUCGUCGACACUUACGGUGGCUGGGGCGCUCACGGUGGAGGAGCUUUCUCUGGAAAGGAUUUCUCCAAGGUUGAUCGAUCUGCUGCUUACACCGCUCGUUGGAUUGCCAAAUCCCUCGUGGCUGCUGGUCUUGCUCGUCGUGUUCUUGUGCAGCUUUCGUACGCCAUUGGUGUCGCUGAGCCACUUUCUAUCUACGUCGAUUCUUACGGUACUGGGAAGAAGACUAAUGAAGAGUUUGUUGAAAUCAUCCGCAAGAACUGGGACCUCCGUCCUGGUGUGAUGGUGCGUGAGCUUGAGCUCCAGAAGCCCCGUUACUUGCAGACCGCUUCUUACGGUCACUUCGGUAACCCAUCCUACUCUUGGGAGAAGGCCAAGAAGCUUGUCGUUUAAUGGUCGUCAACCGUCCAUUAUUUUUCUCUCGUCCGCAUUCGCAUCUUUAUUUCUCUCAUCUGGCAUAGGAAGUUCAUCCUUCCAUCAUUUACUGCAUCGCACAUAUAUAUCUCGUGAUCUAGACAAACGCUCAACAUAACUUGCUUGUCUUCGCGCCGACUACCUCUUGGAAUUUCUUUGCGCUACCUUACCCUAUCACGACUAGAACCGAGUACCCAGGGGCUCCGUUCCCCAUACCACGACAUACGUUCCUGCUGUUCACGUAUAACCAGUAUAUUACUUAGUAGUACCGAAGAAUACGACCGCGUUCAACCGCGUAUUCAGAUUCAUUCAUGUUUCGUGUGUGUUCUG